AUGGACAACCCGGAUCAUGUUGCGCUGCCGAAAGGCAUCGUUGUGAACACGAGUACUAUUUAUCAAGAGGUUGCCAACUUUCCUCAGGUGCCUCCUGACCAGGUCUGGAAGUACUGGAGAGUGUACACAACUACAAACAAAAAGCUUCAAGAUCCUAUCGCCCGGCGGCUCGAGAACUUUUGGUGGCAUGUAUUGGGGAGUGACCGACGUCUCCUAAGUGGCAAUGUUUUGGCCUCGAUAUACGAGCAUAUCUCAUUGGGACCGACUUUUGUGCCGUUGAGAGGGCCGCCAAACCGAUGGGAAGGACCAGAUCUUUACUCCGAGUAG